ACUCGACAAACUUCCCUGCUACAAAGACGUCCAGGCUGGUCAGCGUGUAAUUGGUUUCUUGCCAGGAAAAACCAGAUUCUACCCAGGCAAAAGCCUUUGAAAACAACGAGUUUUGUCAGAAGAUGGCAAUCAAGCAUUGUACGGCUCAUUUGAGAGACAUAUUUCAAGAUCUCGAAGAAAAGAGGUGGAACUCUGAAAGGUGCAGUGAGUUCCAGGAGGUUAUCAACUGUUUGUCAGUUCCUUGUUGUCCUGGGGACCUGCUUGCAUCGUUUCGUUCUCUGUUGUUAGUCACGGCAAGUUUAAUAGAAAAAAGCAGCUUGUGUGUGGGACUGAAAUACAAUGAAUUAAAGAGAUACGUAACAGGGGACCCGAUGUACUGCAAUGACACCAAAGAUUAUUACGAUGAAUGUGAGCGACAUUGUAUGUGCUACGAUGGAGAACUUUUGUUCUGCCAUCGGGUCAGAAAAGAAUUCACACACAUGAAUUUUGAAGAACGACGACGAUUUGUGAAAGCGAUGAGAACUGGUGCAACAAACCCUAUUUACAGAGACGAAUAUAGAAGAAUAUGCAAAAUUCAUUCAAAGAUGCCCACCAAACUUCUUCAUCACAUGCCUCAGAUAUUUCUCCCUUGGCACAGAUGGUAUUUGCUGGAAUUUGAAAAUUUUCUUCGUCAAAUUGACUGUCGAGUGACAAUUCCUUACUGGGACUGGAGCAAGGAUGCAAAGCAUUGGGCCAGAGCGACUGAGAUAGGCGAUAUUUGGAAUCCAGGCCUUCACGGUCUAGGAGGCGACGGAGAUAUGCCUAAUGGCUGCGUCAGAAAUGGGCCUUUUAAGGAAAGAAUUUUUGUCAUACCUGAAACGAAUGGGGAAGGAUGUUUGCAAAGAAAUUUCAAUCUUUCAUGCCCUCUUCCAAGUAAAGCAACGGUACAGAAGAUGAUAAACGAUGAAAAUUUCACCGCUUUUGAAAUCUUUAUUCGCAAUACAAUUCAUCCGACUUUUCAUGAUUGUGUCGGUGGCCACAUGCUAAAACACCAAACUGCUUCUUUCACUCCUGAGUUUUGGAUCCAUCAUAGCUUUAUAGAUAAACUCUGGACAGAUUGGCAGAUGAAGAGAGACAACCACACUUUUGAGUAUUUCACUGACGUUGCCUUUGAGAUGCCACUAAGUGGUCUGUUUCCAUGGGAACUGCUCGAUAAUCACAACUUACCCGCCGGGAUUAGAAUUACCUAUGAACAGCCAGGAAAUCACGUUCAAGACUUUCGGCUAAACAAUUUUGUAUGAAAACUACAUGCAUGCGAUCAAGUGUUCAAAUCAUGAAUGAAAAUAUGACAUAAAAACACGGCAUGAUUAAAAGGGAAAGAAAUGACAGAG